CUUGUGAAUUGAUUUCAGAUGGCGUUGCUGCUAUUUUUGGACCAAGUUCAAAGGCGUCUAGUGACAUUGUAGCCGUCAUAGCCAAUGCCACUGGCAUACCGCACAUGGAAUUCGACUUGAAAAUUCAAUCCACCUUACAAUGGCGUCUCAAUAAUCGCAUGACUGUCAAUGUAGCGCCUUCUGUAGCGAUGAUCUCAAAGGCUUACUUUGGUAUCAUUAAAUCGGACUAUCAGUGGGAACAAUUUACGAUUGUCUACGAAACCAAGGAGGGUCUUGCCCGCUUAUUGGACCUUAUGGAUAUACAAUCACUAAAUAAUGAUCUUCUCAAGUUACGCUACAUUGGUGAUUAUGUGCAGGAUUUGCGCGUACUUUGGAAGGAGGCAAGCGAGACAUUUCAUGAACAUAGAAUUAUCUUAGAUUGUCAUGAGGACUCGUUGCAAAAUUUGUUGGAAACUGCAUUGGAAUUUAAGUUAUUGGGCUCGUUUCGGUACUGGUUUCUAUCUUACUUGAACACACAUAACUCGCCGCUGAGAAGCAUGUAUAAUGCAGACUACAAGGCCAAUAUUACCUCGGUGCGUGUGAAAUUAGUGGAUGAAAAUCCUUAUGGACGAAAGAAGAUACGCAUACGGCCGAUUGAUGAAAUCUUCAACAACCAGGAGCUCCUACCGAUUUUGAUGUACGAUGCGGUCGUAUUAUUUACCAAUGCCGCGCGAAACAUAAUUACCUCCAUGAGAACAUUCAUAGAACCACAAAAGCGCUGUGAGUUUGAUUACAGUGGCGGCAGUGGUGGCCGUCCUUGGUAUGUUGGACGUCAAAUUGUGCGGGAAAUGAAACAGAUCUCCGAAGACGAUGUGGAGCCUUCAUUCAAAACAGAAAAUAUGAAAAUCGACGAAAACGGUGAACGCAGUCAAUUCAAUUUGGAGAUCUACAAGCCAACAACCAAUGAAAUUUUAGCCAUUUGGAAACCCGAUGGCAGCAUUUCGCCACCAACUUCCAUACAAGUGGCAGUGAGUAGCGCAUCAACAGCACCAGAUUUUUCCUUGGGACGCAAGCUCUUCAUAGUGGCAACACGCUUCGAGGAACCAUAUUUUAUGUUGAAAGAGGACCAUGAAAACUUGCGUGGUUUGGAGAAGUAUGAAGGCUAUGCAGUGGAUUUGAUACAGAAGCUGUCGGAGAUAAUGGAUUUCGAUUAUGAUUUCCUCAUUGAGCGUCGCACUGGUAAGCCAAACCCGGAGACAGGCGAAUGGGAUGGCAUUAUACGCAGGUUAAUUGAUCAUCAAGCACAGAUUGGCAUAUGCGAUAUAACGAUUACACAGGCGCGUCGUAAGGUAGUCGAUUUUACAGUGCCUUUCAUGCAGCUGGGUAUUAGUAUUUUGUAUUACAAGAGACCACCAGCGCCGAAGAAUGUUUUCGCCUUCUUGGAUCCUUUCGCCGAAGAGGUGUGGUACAAUAUGAUGUUAACCCAACUGGUGAUGACCUUGUUGUUUGUGUUGUUGGCGCGAUUCUCACACCACGAGUGGACAAAUCCCAAUCCAGCUGAUCCCGACCCCGAAGAACUUGAAAAUAUAUGGAACAAUUCUAACUCAUUUUGGUUGAUGAUUGGCUCCAUUAUGCAGCAAGGUUGCGAUAUACUUCCCAAAGGUCCCCCAAUGCGCAUCCUCAGCAGCAUGUGGUGGUUCUUUACAUUGAUGAUGGUCAACGCCUAUAUCGCCAAUUUGGCUGCUUCGCUAACAAACAAUAAGUUACAGAGUGAAUUCGAUAGUCUCGAGAGUCUUGUCGAUCAGAAUAAAAUUAAAUACGGCACAUUGGCAGGUGGCAGCACUUCGGUGUUCUUUUCCGAAUCAAAUGAGACAGAUUAUAAGAAAGCCUGGAAUCAAAUGAUUUCCUUCACGCCAUCAGCUUUUACGUCGAGCAACAAAGAAGGUGUGGAUCGCGUGCGCAAAGGUGAGGGUAGCUAUGCUUUUCUCAUGGAAACGACCUCCAUGUCAUACAACAUUGAGCGCAGCUGCGAUCUGAAGCAAGUUGGCGGUCAAAUUGGCGAGAAGCAUUACGCCUUGGCUGUGCCGCUCGGCGCUGAGUAUCGUUCAAAUUUGAGCGUCUCGCUGCUACAACUCAGUGAGAAGGGCGAACUUUUCAAUCUCAAACGCCGUUGGUGGACGCCGAGAAAUAAUUUUAGUUGUGUUAAAUAUAUUGAAGUCGAUGGUGAUGAGCUGUCUAUUAUUGAGCUGGGUGGCGUUUUUCUUGUGCUCGGCGCUGGCGUGUUGGUCUCCUUCAUAAUUGGACUAUGCGAGUUCUUGUGGAAUGUACAAACUGUCGCAGUGGAAGAGCAAACCACACCCUGGCAGGCCUUCAAAGCCGAACUCUGUUUUGUUUUGAAGUUUUGGAUUACUAAGAAACCAGCGAAAAUUUCAGAGAGUACAAAGUCUUCAAUCUCUUCGAAAUCCUCUUCAAAACGUUCGACAUAUCGUUCGCGCUCGCGUUCCCACAGUCAUGUGAGUGCUCGUUCUCAUAGGACAACCAAAUCGAAGACGUCACAUCGAGAUCGAGAUCGUGAGCGGAGCGUUCAUAGUCGUAAAUAUUAUGAUUAAACAAAA